AUGGCACUGAAUGCUAGAGGCACCGUUUUCUUAGGUCAUCAAGGCUGCGUUUUUCAUGAUGGCGUGUCCGCAGAAAGUGAAGGCGUACGUUUUAUACGAUUACGAGAGGACGCACCGAUCGGUAGAGAAAUAUUAGCUCUUAAAGCUUUUCCUAGAUCAAAAGUUUCAUUACUUAGCACCGAAAAUAACGGAGAUCACAAAUACUUUGCCAUUAGUGAAAUAAAUAAUACGACAAUUGUGAUCUCACUGAUACGAUCAAUAGAGGAUUUAGUGGAUCGUGAUGUACCAAAAAAUUUAUUAAAAUUUCGCAUCGUAUGCACGGCGAGAAAUGAGAAACUGGAAGAGGGAAGCUACCUUUCCGUAACGGUUUACAUCGAAGAUGUUAACGAUAAUAAACCUGAGUUUCUUAACGUGCCCUACAUUGUCGACAUUGAAGAGAACACCAUGUCGGGCACAAUAAUUUUCGAGGGUAUACAGGCUUUCGAUCGUGAUAAACCUAAUACACCGAAUUCAGAAGUUCACUUUAGUAUGUCUACAGUACCCGAGCAACUAUCAGCUGAUGGCAGUCCAUAUUUUUCGUUAAAAAGUCCACACAAACCUUUGCUUAUUUUAAAGAAAGAACUUGAUUUUGAUAAUGGAAUACGUUUAUUUAAAUUGCCAUUGUUUGCCUGGGAUCGUGGCACUCCCGCAAAUCAAGUAAACACUACGAUUACGAUAAACGUAAAAGAUGUUGACGAUUUACCACCAAAAUUCACAGAAGGUGUUUAUCGGACAAGAAUCAAUGAAUUUUAUCCAAUAACGGGGAUGCCAAUACGUAUACCUUUAUAUUUUAAUCCUCCGAUCAUGGCUUUCGAUCAAGACUCUUUGAAUGCCUCGUUGAUUUAUGAUAUAAUAUCGGGCAAUGAGAGAAAAUUGUUUCGCGUUAAUCCGCACAACGGCAUCAUGUAUUUGCAAAAGGAAAUCGAUUUGGAAGAGGAAAGCUUGCCAGGCAAUACUUUUGUCCUGCAAAUUGAAGCCCGUCAAAAGGAUAAUCCCUUAAGAAAGGCUUUGGCUAGGAUUGAAGUUGAAAUUUUGGAUCUUAAUGACAACAUACCUGAGUUCGAAGCCGAUUUUUAUAAUAUUUCCAUCGUAGAAAACCUUCCUACCAGUUUUAGCGUACUACAAGUUAAUGCCCUUGACCGAGAUCAAGGUGAAAAUGCAGAGUUCUUAUACAAUCUGAAAGAAGAACCUGAAGCAGUUGGAGCUUUUCGUAUAGAUUCGCGUACCGGUUGGAUAACGGUAAAAGAUGAUCGUUUGCUGGACCGUGAAAAACGUAAAGCGGUACAUUUAGAAGUAGAAGCAUUGGAGCGCACGCCCUCUUACAUGGAUGAAAAAAAUUUAAAAAAAGCAAGCCCUAAUUCGGUUAAAGUCGAGAUAACUCUACUCGAUACCAAUGACAAUACACCGAAAUUUGAAAAUGGCAACCUAUACGAAUUCAAAGUAGCAAUUACAGCGCCAAUAGGCUUUCGAGUUGGUCAAGUUAAGGCCGGCGACCCGGAUGAGGGACCUAAUGGGUUAUUGACGUAUGAGUUACAAAGACCUAGGAAGCACGGUUAUAUACCGUUUAGAUUAGAUAAUAGAGACGGCACCAUAUAUGUAGCAGGACCCCUCAGAAGAGGACGUAUAGCAGUGUUUGUAGAAGCCAGUGACCAGCCCGUAAAUCCUUCAGAACGCAGGUUUUCCUUAGCUGUUAUAACUAUUGAAGUUUAUGCUACAAUUGACGAUCAAGCUAUAGAUUUCGUUGGAGCACCUUACGAAUUUUGGAUUGGUUCGAGUGCCCCACUUGGUACCUCAGUAGGACAAGUUCGUACAACGUUAAUCUACGACAAUGAUGACGAAAUUAUGUACGAUCUGUUGCACACUUACUCUGAAGGCGUACCCUUCGCCAUUGAAGAGCGUUCUGGUAUUAUUACGGUUAUUCGUGAAUUAACCGAAUUUCAAAGGACAAUUUAUUACUUUGAAGCCGUAGCUAACUAUCUUUUUGCAAAUGCUUCCAAAACUUUAAAACUAUCCCGCAGCUCUUCACCAUUAACCGCGAUGCCAAUAGCUGAUUUGAGCGAUGAAGGAGUUUUAAUAACGAACGUUACUAUACAUGUAAUAGCGAAAGCAGAAAGCAAAGUUUCUCGAAAACCUGUAAUAGAGGAGAUAAAUAUGAACAUUAUAAAGUUCCAUAUUGAGGAAAAUGUCGCAGGCGGUAUAAUUGGUCAAUUGCUUUAUAAAAACGGUGUUAAUGUGGGCAACAAUGAUUUGGACACUUAUCGUAGUCUUUCAGUGAUUUCCAAUGCUACCUUAGGUUCGAAAAUGCGAGCCCGCAAUCAGAGGACAAAUCUAAGAAAAAGGACACCUCGUCGUUUGGCUGGCGAAGCUAAUAUGAAACUACGUUACAUUAUAGCCAACCAACAAGAAGUGGUCAAUAAAAUCACCAUAACAGAAGACGGUACUUUACUCACUUUGUCCGCAUUAGAUCGCGAGCAAAAGGAUAAAUAUGACCUCACGAUAAUUGUGGAAUACACCAGCGGUUUAGUCAGCGGUGCUGGAAUUUAUCAAGUGGAGAUUACGGUAGACGAUGUUAAUGAUAAUGCUCCGGAAUUCAAUGACAAAAGCUUCGUGGGCUUGAUUAAAGAGAAUACUGAGAAGGGAAUUCAAGUAGCUCUAAAUAAACCAAUACUCAUCACCGAUGUCGAUUCGGGACGAAAUUCGGAAUUUAAGGUCACCAUCCACGGCGAUUAUAACGAGUUAUUUAAAGUGGAAUUUGUGGAACAAGAAAAUGCGACAGUACUAAAUUCCUUACCUCUAAGGGCGGAUUUAUUUACUGUUCACAAUUUUACCGAUCAAUGGACUGAUGACUUAAAAUUUAUGGAAUUCCAGUCCGAAUUAAAACCAAUCAAUUUGAAAAUGAAUAAUCAGCCAUUUUAUAAAAUUACGUAUACCGGCUUGAGACCUUUGGACCGCGAAAAGGAUCAAGUUUAUAAUUUGAAAUUAGUGGCCAUAGAUACAGGCGGCCUCAAUACACAAGCCGUUAUAAACAUCCUGAUAAGUGACGUUAACGAUAACGCUCCGAUAUUUGAGCGUAUAUCAGUAUUUAGAGAUUCACGUAUAGAAAUUCGACAAUACACAACCGACAUGGAAAUUGAUUUUGUUGAAAGUUCUUCUCAUCUUAUGCCAGUCUUAAGUCCUGCAUCGCAAGCUGUGAUAGUGGCUCCAUAUCAGAUUCCUGGCUCUCCCAGGCUAAACGAUGAGACUUCGUUUAAUUCUACUUAUCAAAUGAAAGCUAGGGCACGUGCUCAUGGCCUUGCGAAAUCACGCAGCGUUAGAGCUAUGCAUCCCUUAGGAAUAAUUAAAUGUCCGUUAUUCGCUAUUUACGAAAACACACCGUUGAACACCAAAUUGUUGCAGAUGACGGCCUCUGAUGAAGACUAUGGUCGUAAUGCUCAAAUACACUACGAAAUUAUUGAUGAGCAGGUAGAAAGGCCAGCCGGGGGACCAAUUAUUCCUAAACUGACUGGUGUUAGGCAUUUCGUAAUCGAUAAGCUGUCCGGUGUAGUUACAGUCAAUUACCCACUUUCAGCAAAUAUUGAAGUGUGGCUGAACGUAACAGCCUCUGACAUUGACAAUCUGAGGGAUAUCACUUGCUUGCGCUUUAGUGUAAUUGAUGUAAAUAAUCAUGCUCCUGCUUUCAAGAAAUCAUGGUACAGUUUUGAUAUUGAAGAAGGCGAUUACAAAGAAAGCGUUUUAGGGCAAGUACUGGCUGUUGACUUAGAUUAUGGUGAGAAUGCUAAUGUUUCCUAUUCGCUAGUUGAGGAUGAGCUACCCUUUAAAAUCAAGACGCUCUCAGGUGUUAUAAAAAUCGUCGGGAAUUUGGAUCGCGAAAUUAAAGAUAAAUACAAUUUUCAGAUUAGAGCAAUCGAUAAUGCCGAACCCUUUUAUCAAAUGUCUGCCUCAGUGGAUGUUGAAGUUAACGUGCUCGAUAUUAAUGAUAACAAACCAGAAUUUAUUGGGUACGAUGACCUUGUCAAAGCUGACGUUUAUUUGAAUGAAGUGACCGAUCGUACCAGACGAAUUCCCUUGUUUAAAGCAUUUUUAGAUCGUAGUGCUAAGCCUGGCAUGUUUGUCAAGCAGUUAAUUGCCAUAGACAAGGAUUACGUAGGAAAUGGCAAUGGCUUGGUUUUAUAUUCUAUUUUACAUAACAAUCCUUCACCUGUUUUCACCAUCGAUAGUCGUGAAGGCGUUAUUACAACUAUAUCCAGUUUUCUUAAUUAUAAUAUGUACGAACACCUCAAUAUCACAGUGAUAGCCGCCGAUUUAGGAAGCCCUUCUCUGUCCUCCACAGCUGUCGUUCUUGUUAACCUCCAAGGUCAAAUUAAGGCAGAAACGACACAAAAGCCAGAAGAAGUUGUAGAUUGGCAAAAUUUAACUUUAUUUCAACAUCAAUACUACGAAAUACAAAUACAGGAAAAUAAUGAAGCUCCCACCGAGUUAAUGAAAUUCAAUUUCUCUUUAAACUUCCAUACGGAAUCUUUGCGAUGGUUUUUAUGGGUGGAAGAAGGUGUUGACUUCGAGCAAGACGCCCAUCCACCAUUUGAAUUUGAUGCGAAACUUACUACCUUGUAUGCAUUAAAGUCCUUUGAUUAUGAACUUACUCCCCGUUAUAAGUUACGUUUGAGAGGCGAAAGGUCGAAUCGCGAAGCUCGCACCUACACUCGUCUCCAGUAUCCCGUGACCGACGAACGUUUGGAUGGUUUACAAAGUAAUGAAUGUCGCAUUGUAGUAAAAAUUUUGGACGAGAACGACAAUCCUCCAAUAUUCAAAGGUAAUGGUCAACCGAUAAUAGCAGUGGUCCCACGUAGUGCUACGUUUGGAUACCCAAUAACGAAAGUUGAAGCUACAGAUGCCGAUGCAGGAGUGAACGCCGAAAUUCGCUUUAGAUUAUUGAACGAACCAUCGCGUUUAUUCGCAAUAGACGAAUUUACUGGCAAAAUACGUUUGAUUUCGAAUAUUGAACCGUCUGAUACGCGAAUAUAUGGUUUCGAUGUUAAAGCUACGGAUCGUGCUGGAGCAGAUGAUGGUCGUAGUAGUAUUGUUAACGUAUUUGUUUAUAUAAUUGAUGAAAGAAAGCAAGUACGUCUGGUAUUGGCGGGCAAACCGAUAGAAGUGGAACGUAAAAUUGAUGCUUUAGUUGAAUCAUUAAGCGAUGCGAUAAACAUGGAAGUGCGUGUUCGUUUAUUGGAGCCUCAUAUUGGUGGCUUAGAACCAGCAACGGACGCAUAUAUUUAUGCUGUUGAUUAUCGUACAAAUUCCGUGGUGGAUAUGGAGAGAUUGCAACAGUCGUUGGCUGGUCUGCAAUUUGACGCUCUGCAAUUGAAGCAGCAACAAAUCUUACAGCAAAAAUAUCCCAAUGGUAAGUGGGAUAUGAGCAAAAUGAUGCCGCGUAUAAUCGAAUUAUCACCUUUCGGCCAGAUACCGCUUAAAUCAGCACAUAGCGCGACAUUUUGGAGUAGCUUGGAGAUAAUAACCAUAAUAAUGUUGGCUUUUUGUAGUGUUGGAGCGGUAUUGAUAGGUCUGUGCUUUCUAUGCCUUAAACAGAAACGAGGUUUAUGGACUCAACCGGAGUUUCCUUCUUCGGAAACAGGUCUGACAUACGCCAUAGCCCGAGCUGGUUUAGAUACAUGUCGUCGCAGGCGACGACAUCAACGACAGAUACAACAACAACAGCAACAGCAACAAAAACAGCCUAUUAAACACCAACUGCCAGUACAGCGCCAUAGCCAGCAAUCUCUAUCUUCGGGGAAAACCCAAUCAACUGCACUAGCAACACAAAAAUUAGAUCCAGACUGGUCACAAACACAAAAACAUCUGCAACAACAGCAAACGCAAAACCUUUUACAUUCACAUCAUCAUCAUCAUCAUCAUCAGCAGCAGCAGCAACAGCAGCAGCCACAAUCACUACAGCAACAGCAGCCACAACAGCAGCAACUACAACACACCCAACAAUUGUAUAUGCCACAAGUACAACAUCAGCAUCAACACCAUUACCAACAUUUAAAUAAUGAAUUUAGUCAGAGACCCAGAGAAUACAUAGACGUUCCUUUGCCGAAAUCUGUAACUGCGUUACGUAAUGCUACCGCUUUGGAUCAAGAUGGUAAAACUUCGCCAUUUGUGUUGAAAUAUAAUGCUUGUCAACCCAUAAAUAAUCUAUCUCACCAUAACUACGAGACUUCGUUAUUUUCUAUACAUUCAAACGGUCAAGAUUCAGGUGUAGAUUUUCUGAGUAGUCGCGAUUUAUAUGAAACUUCUCCUGAUUCCUAUGAUUCGCAACAUCGCAAAGCGGCUCAUAAGCCCUUAUGUCCCAGACAUGCUAAAGAUCACCUGGAAUUGAGACAACAUAACACCGACUCGAGUGACAACUAUGAAGAUUCUUUACAAAAUGAUGAUCCUCUUGUGAUUAACAAUUGCCGUUCGUUGUGCGAUCACCGUUUACAGCAGCGACCGCAGACGGAUUUAUAUGUGAAUUCUCAAUUCGAAAAACGUUCCUGCGUGCGACAUUCGUUCUCAGGUGUUAAAGACGAUUUAGUGCAAAGCUCUCCACGCAUUUCUUUACGUUCACGUGGUCACAUUUUACGAAAUUCCAUGAACGACUUACAAGAACGUCUACAUAAUUUGGAACAAUCGUUUCGCAAGCCAGUCGUUUUUAAAUGAAAUAUUUAAUAGUUACUCUUAUAAUUUUUAUAGUUUGCGAAUAAUGAGUGCGGUAUAUACAUAGAACAAGUGCAAUAUUUUGUCCUUACUUUUACGAAACCCUAUGUAGCUAAUAGGUUGUUUGAAAUAUUUUUUAUUUUAAAAAUGUAGUUUUACUGUACCUGUUAAAAUAUUAAAUAAAAAUGUUGAAGACUACUUUUCGACAUGUGAUGUGUGUGUAUAAAAAAUUUUAUGAAUGCAAUGCGAUUGCUGGUGAACACUCGUUGCAGAGUACUGUACUCCUGAAGCGAAACGCAAAAUGUUGAGCAUAAGACAAAGUUCUCAAAAUUUAUGAGAUUUUCAUUAGCAGCUGUUCAGGCUUUUGCGCAUUAUAGUUAAUUACCUUUCACAAUUUACUGUACAUUGUACGGUGCAGGAAGUCCAUGUAAUAAUGCGCUACUUACGUCAUUUUGCCAAUAUUUCCGUUUGACCACUUUAUCUAAUCUAUUUCAAGAACAUAUUUUUCUCUAAUACGCACUAGAAGUU